ACACAAAAGAUAGAAAAUUGGGAGAAAAACAGCUGAUUUGUAUGGAGUGAAAAAGAAAUGCUUCUAUUUAAAGCCUCAAGGCUACAGAGUUAUGUCACAGUCAUACUCUAUUAAUGGAGAAGUGUUAGUACCAGAAAAAAUGGAGGAGAGCUCACCGCUCUUACCGAGUUCUUCUUACUCGAGCUCUUCGGACCGUGAGCACGGUGAUGAAGUGUGGGCACUCAGUCGUAGCCUGAGUAGGAAUGAUGCCGUGGGCCCCAAAAUACAGCUGCGGGUCACGACUCGAACCCUUGGGCUCUUUGCCGGUGUAUUUUGCCCUGUGGCCUUGUCAAUGUUUAGUACAUUACUGUUCCUGAGAUCAGGUUUUGUUGUUGGCCAGGCAGGGAUUCUAGAAGCAGUGUUACAGCUCGUUUUAGCUUAUUUUAUUUUAGUAAUGACAGUGCUGUCAAUCAGUGCCAUAUCAACCAAUGGAGCAUUAGAAGGAGGCGGGGCUUACUACAUGAUAAGCCGGGCUUUGGGGCCAGAAUUUGGAGGAAGCAUUGGUUUUCUGUUCUUUGUGGCCAAUGUAUUAGCUGUGGGUCUUUAUGUCACAGGGUUUGUGGAAGCCAUGAUUGAGAAUUUUGGACCAGGAGGGACCAUGGUAGACCAGCCAUUUUUAAAGGGUGACCAUGAUUUCUGGUACAAGUACCUGUACUGUACAAUCGUCUUGUUUGUGUGUCUGGGUAUCUGUAUUGUUGGAGGUGCCAUGUUUGCCAAAACCUCACUGUUAAUAUUUAUGAUUGUUGUGAUAUGUCUUCUAUCUGUGAUUGUAAGUGUUUUUGCCAAAAAUUCUACCACCCCCAUAGCGUACGCACAACAGGCAAAGCAUCAUAACGAAAGGAGAAACAUAUCCCAGUUCUGUUAUGAGGUCAACGCCACUGGCUACAUACAGGAUUCAGCAAACUACACAGGCCUCAGGGCAGCUACAUUCCAUGAUAAUACAUUUUCACAUUAUGAGAAGGACUACACUUCUAAGGACAUGAUGACCUUUGCCUCCGUGUUCGCCAUUUUGUUCAGCAGUGUGACGGGAAUUCUAAAUGGUGCAAAUAUGUCUGGAGAACUAAAAGACCCCAGUAAAGCCAUUCCUAAGGGAACACUUUAUGCUGUGAUGUUUAGUUUUACAACUUACUUCAUUCAAAUCAUUCUGGUUGGAGGUUCAUGUGAUAGGUGUCUUCUGCUGAACAACUAUAUUUUCCUACAAGAAAUCAACCUGUGGAAGCCGUUUGUUCUGAUUGGGAUAUUUGCUGCCACAUUGUCUGCUGCUCUGGGUAACCUGAUUGGAGCCUCCAGGAUUCUUCAGGCCCUGGCUAAUGACCAUUUGUUCUGGUUUGUUUUGAAUCCUGCGUCUAUCACCACAAAGUCAGGAAAUCCUUAUGUUGCAGUUCUUAUAUCAUGGUUUCUGGUACAAUUGGUACUGCUAGUUGGUUCUUUGAAUGCAAUAGCCCCUGCUACCUCUGUGUUCUUUCUGAUGUCCUAUGCCUCAGUGAACUUAGCAUGUCUGGCCCUGGAGCUAGCUUCUGCACCUAACUUCAGACCCACCUUUAAAUACUUCACUUGGUACACCUGUACACUGGGUCUGAUUGGGUGUAUACUGAUGUGUUUCCUGAUCAGCCCUAUCUACACCUCAGCGGCCAUUAUCGUGAUGCUGGUGCUGGCCAUUAUCCUUCACUUCCGCUCACUGCCCACACAAUGGGGCUCCAUCAGCCAGGCUCUUAUCUUCCACCAGGUGAGAAAAUACCUGCUGAUGCUGGAUUCAAGGAAGGCCCAUGUCAAGUACUGGCGUCCUCAGAUCUUGUUAAUGGUGGCUAAUCCACGCCAGUGUUCAGAACUCAUCCACUUCAUUAAUGACAUCAAGAAAGGAGGGUUGUAUGUGAUUGGUCAUGUCAAACUAGGAUCCCUGGACUCAUAUAUGAAAGACCCAGUCGUGGAGGAAAAUUCAAAAUGGAUGGGGCUGAUAGAUUAUCUCAAAGUGAAGGCAUUUGUAGAGGUUACCAUGGCAAAUACCGUUUCAGAGGGUCUUCAGCACUUAUUGAGGCUGUCAGGGAUGGGGGGUAUGAAGCCCAACACCGUUUGUUUUGGGUUUCUGGAUGAUGCUAAGCCUAAAGAUAUGCUGAGUGUUGAAAAUGUGGGAAGGAAGCGACGCUUUUUUACUCGUUUGGAAAGUGGAAAAAAGGAGAGCAUUGAUAACCUGUUCAUGAAUGUAAGAGGGGAGGGGGAUCCAAGAAAUGUAUCUUCUUUAGAGUAUGUCAAACUUAUUUCUGAUUCAUUAAAAAUGCAGAAGAAUGUGUGUUUAUGCAGACAUUUUGAUCAGUUAAGUAAGCAGUCUAUUGUAAAUUCCAAAAAGCCACUGUUCAUUGAUGUUUGGCCAGUGAAUCUUUUCCGCCCCGACACCGCCAACUUCUUUGACAAUACCUGUCUGUUUAUGCUCCAGCUGGCCUGUAUUCUAACCAUGGUGCCAGGCUGGAAAUCCAAAACAAGUCUACGAGUUUUCUUGUGUUUAAAUGCACAGACAGAUAACACUCUCCAAAAGCAACAGAAACUUGACUGCUUUCUUCAGCAACUCAGGAUCAAAGCUUCAGUGAAAAUAGUCACCUGGGACCACCUAGUACAACAUUUACCUGUUAUGUCAGGUAACAGCAAUGGAAAACUGAACCUGAUGGAGAAAUUCCACCCAGUGCCUGCUGAAUUCAUCAGUGCAAUAAACCAAAUGAUUAUUUCUUACUCCAGUACCACUGCAGUAAGUUUUCUAUACCUCCCCAUACCCCCGGCUGAAUCCAGAGACAAUGAAACCUAUCUAAACAGCCUGAAAUUGUUGUCAGAAAAUCUCCCUCCCACUGUGUUUGUACAUGGGUUGCAUCCUGUGACUUCUACCACUCUAUGAUGGUUUAUAAUUCAGAUAAUAAGAUAUAUUAAUUAAUUAAAAUAGGGAAUUAGUUUUGUCAUCAUUUUCAUGUAGAUCCAUCUUAUCACUGGUAAAACUUCAUCUUUGAAACUUUCUUGUACUGCUGUAAGUGCAUAAAAAAGUAGUUUUCAGCUGGAAACCACAUUCCAUUGUAUUUGUGUUUUAUUUUAAAACGAACAAAAUGGCUGUGAUAUUAACGUGUAUGUAAAAAUAACUCAUCAGUAAGGUUUCAUUAUAGCAAUAUAAGUGCAAUGACAAUAUAUGUAUGUGUACAAUAUAGAAGGAGUUCAUGUUAUUAAACAAGAGAAGAAUCAAUUCUUGAUAGUAAAGUACUUAAAGAUAAAAGUGGUAUGUAAAAAAAAAAAUACCUCUGACUUUUAUAUUCUGUGUUUUAUGCUGAUCUUUGUGUUUUAAAUGUUUUGCUCCCUAGUUUACUACAGUAUUUGUUCAUGUAUGUUAAUUUGGUUACAGUGUGUAUGUACAUGUAUGAACAAUUGAGCAAACAGUAAGUUUUUUCAAUAAAAUAAUGAAGUCAA